UGUAUAUACAGUUGGUUGAAAAUUCGAGUUGCAUGUUCGUUUUCUUAAUAUACGCGUCGUUUUAUUAUAAGCAGUAAUACAAUUAUUCUGAUCAUGAAUAGUAAGUCUGAUCAUGAAGUGUCUACUUCUGCUAUUAAUUCUUGACGCAUGACAAACUGUGAACUGUAGGAAACAUCGACAAAAGCACGUGGUUGAGCUCUCAUUUCGUUCCUCGUAAUUUGAAUAAAUGUACAUUUAUUAAUUGAUUUUCGGAGCUUCUGGUAAUAAUGGUACGUCGUAGAAGACCAGUUCGUGGUGGGAAAAGAAAAUUCGACCAGCGAAAUAAUCAUCCGAAACCAAAGAAAGGUAAAUUUAACCUAAAGGAAUCGUCGUACGUGAAAGAACGAAUUAUUAGGAACAAUGAGAUCGAAAGACGAAGGAAAAUGUUGGAGGAAGAAAAAUCAAAGCGACGACAACGCGUGGAUACUGAUAGUUCUGAUGAUGCGCAAGAAAAUCCGCUGCAAAAUUUAUUAGCUACAUUUUCAAAGACUAAUGAUCAGAAAGUGACUGCUAUCGAAUCUGAAACAGAAUCAGAAGGUGAUAGUGACAAAGAUGAGAUUGAGGAAAUUAAUGAAGUCGACGAGAAUCCAGCAGUUCAGUCCGACAAUUCAGGCGAAGAAGGAGAGCCAGUAACCGACGAUGAAGAGAUAGAAAUGAAAGAAGAUGAUGAAGAAGAUCCUGAAACAGCUCAAGAGGAUGUUGGCAACCUAAGGGAUCCAUUUUCGAUUCAUCUUCACGAUGAUUUAAGCGAUGAACUUUACGAGGCAGUCUCUAACGUCCCACAAAUUGUACAAACUCAGAAGAUAACAUGGCCUACUUUAGGCAAUCUUAUAUGUCAGAUCCCAAAACCAAGGAAUACAGAAGAUACAAUAAAGAAAAUCGAUAGUUUUAUUUUAGAAAACAAACAGUUUGCCAAGUGCGGCACCAUCCCUCAGUUGAUCAACAGUGUCAAUUGGAAUAAAUUGUAUGUAAAAUCUCAAAUCCACGACAAUAUUUCAAAAGCAAAUUAUUCCAAUGUAAAGGACGAUGUGACUAAGAAUCCGUCUCCCAUGACUCCCUUGCAGAAGGAAUUAUUUUCUAUAAUAAAUAACUAUCAAGAUCUGUAUUAUCCCGAAAGAACGUAUUCCAAUGCAGAUCAGAUAAGAUUUGUAUACUGUUUACACGCGAUUAAUCAUUUGUUGAAGACGAGAACGAAAGUGUUGCAUCAUAAUGCGAAAAUAACAAAAUCAAAAUGUACAAACAUGGCAGAAAUUCCUGACGAAUAUCGAGAUCAAGGUCUGGUGAGACCAAAAAUCUUGAUAAUCGUUCCUUUUAGACAUUCGUGUUUGAAAAUAGUAGAAUUAUUAAUAUCAAUUUUAAUUGGAGAAGACAAGGGUGAAUCUGUGAUCAAUAAAAACAGAUUCAUGGAAGAUUUUAGUGGAAACGAAUUAGUGUUGCCAAAAUUAAACCCGAAACCAGAAGAUUAUGAGUUGACCUUCCAAGGCAACACGGACGAUACCUUUAAAAUAGGAAUUGCUGUUACGAAAAAAACUUUAAAAUUAUAUUCAGAGUUUUAUUCCUCUGAUAUAAUAAUCUCGUCCCUUCUGGGUUUGAGAAUAUUAAUAGGUGCGGAAGGUGAAGCAGAAAGAGACUUUGAUUUUUUGGCAUCCGUAGAAUUGAUGAUUCUCGAUCAAUCAGAAUUGUUUCUAAUGCAAAAUUGGGACCACAUGAUACACGUGCUAAAUCAUAUGCACCUGCAACCGAAAGAUUCUCACGGGACAGAUUUUUCUCGAGUGAGAAGUUGGUCUGUGAAUGGUUGGACGAAAUACUAUAGACAAACAUUGAUAUUUUCAAGCGUUCACGUGCCUGAAAUUUAUGGAAUAUUUAAUAAGAAAUCUUACAAUUACGCAGGGAAAGUGAAAGUAAUAAAUCCUAUCUCUUCCGGGUCCAUUUGUCAAGUAGUAGUUCAAGUUCCGCAAGUAUUUCAUAGAUUUCAAACGUCCAGCCAUUCUCAAGCUUUGGAUCAUAGAAUAGAAUUCUUUAUAACGAAAAUACUUCCUCAAUAUAAGGACGUGAUUAUGAACCACACGUUGAUCUUCGUGCCGUCUUAUUUCGAUUUUGUUAAACUGCGAAAUUAUUUAAAGAAAGAAGAAUACAGUUUUGUACAGAUUUGCGAAUAUUCCAAAGACGCAAAGGUAGCGAGAGCGAGAGACAUGUUCUUUCACAGUGAUGCUCAUUUUCUUUUGUACUCGGAACGAUUUCAUUUUUUCCGAAGGGUGAGGGUGAAAGGUAUAAGACACAUUAUAUUUUUUGCGCCACCGACGUUCCCUCAUUUUUACACAGAAAUGUGCAACUUGAUGCGAGAAGCUAAUCAGAAUCCACGCGCCGGCUCUGAAAGCAACAUGACAGUCACCGUUUUAUAUUGUAAAUACGACGUCAUGCAGCUUUCCGCGAUUGUCGGUACUGAAAGAGCGAGCAAAAUGAUUGGAUCGGAAAAGACUGUACAUAUGCUUAUGACUGGUGAAUGAGAAAUGGACAGCAUUAUGUUUUAGACAAUUGUAAAUUAUCAGAUGUAUAUAAAAGGUACAAUUCACAAUCUACAUUUUUAAUAAUAACAUUUCCACUUUUUACUUUU